GGUAGGACUAUCAGAAUGCCGGGACGGUCGGCUCCUGCUCAACAGCAGCACAUCCACCACGAAGCCGCUGGCCCGGCGUGCGAAAGGACAGGAGGAGGGGGGAGGGAGGCCAGGUGCCCCUCCGCUUGCCUCAGGCCCGGUCUGGCGUCUCCUCCUGCGGCUCCCGGCGCCCGCCUUCCUGCCGCAGCUCCCUGCCGGCUCCACGACCGAGGGGGGCCGCGCGAGGCCUCCCGCAGCGGCGCCGCCGCCUCCACCCCCACCCCCCGGGCCGUCGAGGCCAGAGGGCUGCAGCGCCCAGGCGGGGCCGCCGAGCCCCGCGGCGGCCGCCACGACGACGCCAGGAAGCGCGCUCCGAAGGCUGGUGCGCGCGGCUGCCCCAGCCCCUGGUGCGCUGCUCCAGGCAGCCCGCCACCCCGCACCCGCCCCGGAGGCUGGCCUCUGGGCGGCCUUGGCGCCAGGCCGCCCCGCCGCCGGCGACGCCAGGCGUGGCGACCAAUGGUCGCCUCCGCGCUGGCUGGCCGACGCGCCGUGGUCGCCUCCUCCUCCUCCUCCUCCUCCUCCUUCCUCUCUCCUCCUCCUCUUCCUCCUCCUCCUCCUCCUCCUCCUUCUCCUUCUCCUCCUCCUCCCGAGAGGACGGCCAACGCGCCGUGGUCGCCUCCUCUCUGGCUCGCCGACGUGCCGCCGCAGCCCCCGCGGACGACAGACCUGCAGCCGGCUGCGCCGCUCCUGGAGCCGCCGAGGGCGCCAGUGUCGGCCCCCGCCGGCAGCGCCAACGCGGUCCCGCUCCGCGCGCUGACCUCCGGGAAGGAUUACCGCAAGUGGAAGAAGAGGCGCAAGCGCGACGGCGGCAGGGACAGGAAGUACAGGCUGAAGUACGGCUGAGCAGCGCGGCAGGCGGUUCGGGCGCAUCCAGGGCGGGCGUCGAACGCGCACGCGCGCUCGCGCCCAGGAAAGGAA